CUGGACCACAUCUGCAUUUCCUUCGACGGCGGCAAAACCACCAUGAACUUCAUCGAGGCCGCGCUGCUGAUCCAGGGCUCCGCCUGCGUCUACAGCAAGAAGGUGGAGUAUCUCUAUUCCCUGGUGUACCAGGCGCUGGACUUCAUCUCCAACAAGAGGCGGGAGAAGCAGCCCAGCUCCAUCGGGCAGGACGGCCAGGACGCGGACGCCAGCUUCGGGCCCGAGCACGAAGAGCCCUUCCUCUCCCUGGACGACCUGCGGGACGCGAGCCAGGCCAGCGUGGACAUGCGGAGGGACCAGCAGCCCCAGACUGUGGACAUCGUCCCCUUGACGCCCAUGGCUUUGGUGCCCGCCGAGGAGGCUGAGAAGAGGAACAACCCUCUGCUCAGCCGCAAGGGCGAGAUCCUGGCGAGCCGCAAGGACUUCCGCAUGAACACGUGCACGCCCCACGCCUCCGGAGCCUUCAUGCUGGAGCUCGCGGGCCUGUCGCCCACGCGCUUCUCGCAGGAGCGGCACCCCGACAGAGCAGCAGCAGCGCAGCGCUCUGCUCCGGGCGACGGGAGCGCGCGCGGCCCCGUCAGCGCCUGCGAGGGACCCGUGCCGGUGCUGGACUUCUCUGAGGACGGAGACAACAACGCGGCCGACGGCAGCAGGGCCCGCCGGGGGGGACCCACGUUCGCUGACCUGGAGCUGCUCUACUGGCAGCAGCUCAAGCUGCGCUUCGCGGCGCAGAGGAAGCUGCAGCACAGGAAGGACGAGCGCGCCGCCUUUGACAUCCACCGCUACGGCGACGAGCUGGCGGCGGCGCUGGGCGCGCUGGGCGAGUGGCGCCCCUUCAGCAGCCUCGUGGCCGGCCGCGCGCCCUUCGACGUGUGCCGCUACAUGCUGGCCGCGCUGCAGCUGGCCAACGACCGCACGGUGGAGGUGGCGCGGGAGCCGCCGCUGGCCGUGGACACCAUGCGGCUGCGGCUGCUGACGCGGGAGCGGGCGCACGAGCGGUUCCGCGGCGCCGCGCGCCCCACGGACCCCGUCCCCCCGCAAUAA